GCCAAGGAGAGGGCGGGGCUUCCGGCUGGGCGUAGGUGGGAGCGCUCACCUGCGACAGACAGCUUUCCCCAGGUGCAUCUGGAGCGGUGGUCGGUCACAUGGACCUGUAGUAUCGUCAUCUCCUCUAUCCAAGCCAUCUUAUCUUCCCUGGGCUCACACAAACGGUGACGCGGCCAUGCCGAACUCUCGGCCUAGGCCCAGGUCCCGCCGGGGCGCCGGGGGCGGUGCGGGGACCGCGGGCCGGGACGAGCUGGUGUCGCGGUCCUUGCGGAGCGCAGAGCACUGCCUGGGCGCCCAGGACUUCGGCACAGCCUAUGCCCAUUACCUCCUGGUGCUCAGCCUGGCGCCGGAGCUGAAAGACGACGUGAAGGAAACUUUUCAGUAUACACUUUUCAGAUGGGCUGAAGAGCUUGAUGCACUCAGUCGAAUACAAGACUUACUUGGUUGCUAUGAGCAGGCCUUGGAACUCUUUCCUGAUGAUGAAGUGAUCUGCAAUAGUAUGGGGGAACAUCUCUUCAGAAUGGGCUUUAGAGAUGAGGCAGCUGGGUAUUUUCAUAAGGCAGUGAAGCUAAACCCUGAUUUCAGUGAUGCAAAGGAAAAUUUUUAUCGUGUUGCAAACUGGCUGGUGGAACGCUGGCACUUCGUCAUGCUGAACGACGCCAGGAGGAACGCGAUUUACAGUGCGGCAAUCCGAAAGGCGGUUUGCGCAGGGUCCAGAACUGUUUUGGACAUUGGAGCAGGAACUGGAAUACUGAGCAUGUUUGCUAAAAAAGCUGGCGCAUACUCGGUAUAUGCCUGUGAGUUAUCCAAGACCAUGUAUGAACUUGCCUGUGAUGUAGUGGCUGCAAACAAGAUGGAAGGAGGGAUAAAACUCCUCCACAUGAAGUCACUUGACAUAGAAGUUCCAAAGCACAUUCCUGAAAGAGUGUCCCUAGUUGUAACAGAAACUGUCGAUGCAGGUUUAUUUGGAGAAGGAAUUGUGGAGAGUUUAAUUCAUGCAUGGGAGCAUUUACUUUUGCAACCAAAGACCAAAGGUGAAAAUGGUAAUUGUGAAAAGUAUGGGAAGGUAAUACCAGCAAGUGCUGUUAUAUUUGGGAUGGCGGUAGAAUGUGCAGAGAUAAGAAGACAUCAUAGAGUGGGUAUUAAGGACAUUGCUGGUAUCCAUUUGCCAACAAAUGUGAAAUUUCAGAGUCCAGCUUAUUCUGUAGAUACUGAAGAAACAGUUGAGCCUUACACGACUGAGAAGAUGAGUCGAGUUCCUGGAGGGUAUUUGGCUUUGACAGAGUGCUUUGAAAUUAUGACAGUAGACUUCAACAAUCUUCAGGAAUUAAAAAGUCUUGCAACAAGAAAACCUGACCAGAUUGGAGUUCCUGUCAUUAAAGAAGGAAUUCUAGAUGCGGUUGUGGUUUGGUUUGUGCUCCAGCUUGAUGAGGAGCACAGUUUAUCCACAAGUCCCAGUGAGGAAACUUGUUGGGAGCAGGCUGUUUAUCCCGUGCAGGGCCUUGCAGACUACUGGAUAAAGCCUGGUGACCAUGUGACAAUGGAAGCGUCUUGUGAAGACUGUUACUUAAGAAUCCAGAAUGUAAAUGUCUUGGGUAUGGAACAUGAAAUGGAAGUUGUAAAAACUUUUACCAAGAAUAAAGACUUGUCUUUAGGAAACGAGGCUGACCUCUGUAGUGCCCUGGCUAACCUUCAGACCAGUAAACCCGAUGCUGUCGAGCAGACAUGUGUACUGGAGUCCACAGAAAUUGCGUUGCUUAAUAAUGCCCCAUAUCAUGAAGGCUUUCAAACUGCAAUGAGGAAAGUGUUGUCUUCAUUGACCCCAGAGACGCGGUGUCAGGGUAAUGAGCUGUGCUGUGGAACUGGACAGAGCAGCCCCGAGCCUUUCUAUGUGUUAGAUGUGUCUGAAGGCUUCUCUAUUUUGCCUCUAAUUGCUGGCACACUUGGACAGGUUAAGCCUUACAGUUCUGUGGAGAAAGACCAGCAUCGUAUGACUCUGGAUCUCAUAUCUGAAGCCAACCACUUUCCUAAAGAAACACUUGAGUUUUGGCUGAGACACGCGGAGGAUGAAUCUGCUGUGUUGCAGAGACCCAAAUCAGACAAGUUGUGGAGCAUAAUUAUAUUGGAUGUCAUUGAGCCAUCUGGGCUCAUUCAGCAGGAAAUAAUGGAAAAAGCUGCAAUAUCCAGGUGUUUACUGCAGUCUGGAGGCAAGAUCUUUCCUCAGUAUGUGCUGAUGUUGGGGAUGCUUGUGGAGUCACAGACGCUGGUGGAAGAGAAUGCUGUUCAAGGAACAGAAUGUACACUUGGGUUAAACAUAGCACCUUUUAUUAACCAGUUUCAGGUGCCUAUCCGUGCGUUUUUGGAACUAUCUUCUUUGCCCUGUAUACCUUUAAGCGAGCCAGUGGAACUCUUAAGAUUAGAUUUGAUGACUCCGUAUUUGAAUACCUCCAGCAGAGAAGUAAAGGUGCGCAUUUGUAGACCUGGACAAGUGACUGCUAUUCCGUUUUGGUUUCAUAUGUGCCUUGAUGAAGAGGUGAGGUUGGACACUUCGAGUGAAACCUCGCACUGGAAACAAGCUGCCGUUGUUUUGGAUAAUCCCAUCCAGGUGCAGACGGGACAGGAGCUCCUUGUCAGCGUUCAGCACCACAAAAGCAACGUCAGCAUCACAGUAAAGCAGUGAGCAGUUUUCUCAUGAAAACUGUUUGGCAUCAAGUACAGAAUUCUUGUCUGAAUCAGUGGGACUGUAAUCAUAAAAUGGGUGUCUAAAUAUUUAAUCCUAGCUGCUCGGGAGGUAGAGAUUGGGAGGAUCACAGUUUGAGGCCAGCCUAGGCAAAAAGGUAGUGAGACUCCCCAUCUCAAUAAACAAGUGGGAUGUGGUGAUAUAUUCCUGAAAUCUCAGCUUACAUGGGAGGUAUAGUUAGGAAUAUUGUGAUUUGAGUCCUGCUAAGGCAAAAAGCAUGAGUCCCUAUCUGAAAAAUAACUAAAGCCAAAAAGGGUUGGGGGCAUGGCUCAAGCAGGAAAGCAUCUGCCUCACAAGCACAAGGCCCUGCCUGAGUUCAAACCCCAGUAACACCAAAAAAAAAAAAAGACAUUAGUAAAGCACAUUUGAAAGAUUCUAAAUUAGCAUUUUUUAAAAAUAUCGCUGCAGAUUUGCCUUUUUGGAAAAGGAUAUACCAUUCUUUUUUUUUAAAUUAGAAAACUGUGUCUGUACCUUUAUAAGGAUUUUGAAAGUCUUAGCCUCAUUGUCAUGUGUCAGUAAAGUUUGAAGUGUUUAGGCAUCUUGAACUCACUGUUGGGAAUCACCAGAUACAGGUGUGCACUGAAGACCAAGGGUGAUGUCAACCCUAAGCUUGUUUCUUUCAGAUUCUGUCAUUAGAGUGAAUGACUUAGGAGAGAGGGCAGUCUUCAGGAGGCACUUCUUCCUCAUUACUUUGGCAAAGAAAAAUUAAAAAUUUAAAUAAAAAUAAAGAGUCAAUACUAAACCAGUAUUUUUUAAAGUUUUGAUCUGGGUGCACGAUAAGAAAUGUAACCUGUCCCAUUUGAUAGACUUUUGAAGUGGGGAGAUGAAUAAGGAAGGCCACCACACUUGUGGGUGCUGUGCGCUUUUCCUACACCAUGAAGCCUGCCUGUUGUCAUCACCUCUGUUACUAUUACAUGACCCAGCUUCAUGUUUUUUGUAAAAAGUAAAAUUUAUUGUGUAUAUUUGAGAUAUGCAACAUGUAAAAAGGUCACUAUCAUGUACUACAAGUUAACGUACUCAUCAUUCAGUUACCUAUUUUUUGCUUUAUUUUUGUGGUGAGAACAGCUAAAAUCUCAUUUAGCAUGAUUUAGCAAAAUUGUACAUAUAGUACAAUUUUCUUACCUAUUGUCGUCAUCCUAUACAUUAGAUCUCUAGAUGUAAACAAGUCUGCUUUGUAUCUGCUGACCUACAUCUCCCCAUGGUCACUGCCCUCAACUUACUGUUUUGUUCUCUGUAUAUCUGAGUUUUCAAAUAGCAAGAUCAUAUUGUUUUAAAAUGUAGACUAGUAUCCCAUUGUCUAUAUACACCAGUUUUUUUUUAAUCCGUUCCUCUGUCAAUAGACAUGUAGAUUGGUUCCAUAUUGUGGCUAUUGUGAAUAAGGCUGUGAUAGGUGAACAUGGGGGUACAUACCCAAAAGAGGUAUUGCUGGGUCACAUUGUGGUUCCACUUUUCAUUUCUUUAGACCUCCAUGCUCUUUUCCAAACUGGCUGUAUAAUCCCUGAUGAGUAGUGAUCAAGAGUUCCCUUUCCUCUACACCCUUGCCAACAUUUUUUUGGUAAUAGCCAUCCAACAGACUUAAGGUCUCAGAGUGGUUUUGAUUUGCAUUUCCUUGAUUAAUGACGUCAAGCACCUUUUCACGCACCUGCUGGCCAUUUUUAUGUUUGUUUCCCCCAUUUCUAAUAGGGUUGCUUUUCUACUAUUGAGAUGUGUAAGUUCUUUAUAAUGUUAGAUAUUAAGCCAUUAAUGCCAUUGUUUGAAAAUAUUUUUCCCAUUCUGUAGGCUGCUGGGUUUAUUUUUGUGUUGUUAUUUUUUGGGCAGUUCUGCGGUUUGAACUCAGGGUCUCGUGCGCAGGUGUGUACUACCUGAGCCACCCUGCCAGCUUUAUUUUUAGUGCUGAGUGUUUUUGAGAGUCUCACUUUUUGCUCAGGCUGGCCUCAAACCUAGAUCCUCCUGAUCCUGAGUAGCUAGGAUUACCAGUGUGAGCCACCAGCAUCUGACUAGGGUAUUGUUUUAUUUCAUUAUUUAGUUUGAUGUACAGUGUCCCUCUAUCCUUAGGGAAUCUCUAUUUAUAGCACCCAAUACAGCAUAAGUACAAUAUAAAUAGUUGUUCUGUAUUGUUUAGGGGAUAAUGACAAAAAGUACACAUUCAGUACAGAUGCCAUUUCCAUUUUUCCAAACAUUUUUACUCCAGCACUGGUUGAAUCUGUGGGUAUGGAAUGUGUGGAUCAGAGGGACCAGUCCCAUUUUAGUUUUGCUUUUGUGGCCUAAGAUUAUGGUGUGAUACCCAAUAAGCCAUGGCCAAGGCCACUGUCCAGGAGCUUUUCUUCUGUUCUCUUCUAGUUCUGCAGUUUGCUCUUACCUUGAGGUCUCUUCUACAUAUACUGAUUUUUGUGUCUUUUGCAUGUGGAAAUCCCAUUUUCCCAGCACAAUUUAUUGAAGAUCUCCUUUCCCCAUUGUGUCCACUUGGUUACACUUGUCAAAAAUUGACUCGGUUUGGAUUUCUGGGCUUUCUGUUCUGUACCACUGUCUUGGGUAUGUGGUUUUUUUGGCAGUACCAUACUGUUUUUGAUUACUAUAGCUAGGUAACUUAAUUUUUUUUUUUUGAGGGAGGUGAGGUCUUACUGUGUUGCCCAGGCUGAUGUCUAACUCCUGAGCUCAAAUGAUCCUCCUGCCUCAGCCUCCUGAAUAAGCUGGGACUAUAGGCAUGAGCAUCACAUGCCCAGCUUGUAAUACAACUUUAAGUUUAGAAAUGAUGAUUCCUUUAACUUUUUUCCUUCUAAUUGUUUUGGUUAUUUUGGGUCUUUUAUGUUUCCAUGUGAAUUGUCUUUCUGUGAAGAAUGCCAUUGGGAUUUUGAAUAUGAAUAUUCCUUUGGUUAGUGUGGACAUUAAAAAAUAAAUUCUUUCCAUUUGAGUCUUCAGUUUCUUUCAUCAGUGUUUUAUAGCUUUUAGUUUACAGAGCUUUUACCUGCUUGGCUAAAUUUAUUCAUAAGUAUUUUAUUUUUUGAUGCUGUCAUAAGUGGGAUUUUUUUUUU